UUGAAUUUUAAUGUCUAUUAACAUAUGGCAUACGUCAAAAUUUAAACGUCAAUGUCCACUGUCAUUGGUUCAAGAAAAUAAUUUUAAAAAAGUAUGUAAAUAUUAAUAUAAUGUUAAAACAAAAAUUAUGCUUUAACUAAAGACGUAACACUAUAAUUCCAAUAAGUUAAUUUCUAAUUCCAUUAUGUAUUGCAGAUUUAAAAUACGAUGUCUAGUUGGAAUGCUGAGUAGGUCUUUGAGCUCUGCAGAGGUGUCCACUGCAUUAAGGCCAUUCUAUUUUAGUGUACAUCCCGACUUAUUUGGAAAAUAUCCAGAACAAAGAAAAAUAAAUGAGAACUCAUUGCAAUUACUAAGUGCUUUAAUAGAAGCUCAGCAAUCUAGUAAAAGCAUGGCUGUACCUGUUCUGCCAUUCUAUUUAAGACAGAAAGAUAUGCCAGAAGGUAAUUUUAAAUUAGUACAAAUUCAUCUAAAUAGCAAAAAUGUUAGGGAAACAGUAGUUAAAGUUUUAAGUGCCUGUAAUAUAUCAACUCAUUAUGUGGAUAAAAUACCAAGGAGUUCAACUAAGUCUGAUAGCAGUAAAAUUGAUUUUACCAGAGCAUAUGAAGAAUACAAUAGGGACUUUCAAAAAGCCACAGAUAUGAAACGAAAAGUAGAAAAAAAGAGAGCAAUCACUAAUAUCAUAGAUUGGGUGUAUGAAAACAGUGAUGAUGCUAAAGAGAAAUAUGAAAUGACAAGAGCGACAAGAAAUCAAGUAAAAACUCUCAUAGAAAAUCUCUGCAAAACAUAUGGUAUAAAAGAAGUUAAAUAUGACAGUGGAUGGAAUAUAAGUCACAUAAGAGGAGCACUUCAAAGUCUCACAGCAAUGGCAUCUCAGUAUUCGAAAUACAUGGGCAAUUUAAAAGGCAGAACAAUUGCAUUAGGUCAAUUUACGGGUGUCAGCUUAGAUGGAGAUGUGUUUCUUAAUAUUAUUGAUGUUAGAAAUGAAUGGCUAUCACUCAUUAAAAAAGUCAGUCAAGAAGACACUGCCUUAACAGAGAUUCCCAAUUACGAGAGAGCUCUUUCUAGUAUACUUAGAGAUAUACACAUUUGUAGAAGAAAAUUCAUGCCAAAAGUAUCAGCAGCUCAAUACUGCAGCCAUCUUAGGCAAUUGAUUACGUCUAUUGGGGAUUUUUAUGGUAAUGGAAAGAAAAUUCCCGAAUCUGUACCAGAAUCCCUAGAUAAAUAUGAAAUAGUUGUUGAACCUGAAGCAGGACCUCUGAUGGUUUCACCUACAGGUCAGUUCAUAACGCCUUCGUCCUGUCCUGCAGAUGAACUUAUACCGUUUAUCGCUAAACAUCUUGACGAGGCUACUUUACUUCUCACAGAAUAUAGCAUAAAUAAGCAUAUAGAAAAGGCAUUAUGCAAAGAGGUUAAGGAAAGAUAUGGUCUAUUAGAACUUCAUAAAGACGACAGCAUAACCCCGGGCCUCAUGAUUCUUUGUUGCCAAAGACUUCUUACUCGAAUUGACAAACUCGAAAUGAAAUUGCGUGGAAAUAUUAUUUAUGUGACCCACUACUAUUCAGUGUUGACCGAAGGCGUGUUAUGCAUACCGUGGAACUUUAAAUAAAUACUCGAAUACAUAAGUUAACACAAAGUCCAAGACAAUACAGAGAAGAUAAAAUGAAUUUAUUCACAGAAUAAACAAAAUGAAAUAAUCUACAAAAAAAAUGUAUUUUAUUAAAAUUUUAUCGUAGAAGUCUUAGUAAAUAUGAUAAAGUGGUAAUAAAUAAUUAAAAUUCUAUAAAAUAUAACAUAGAAAUUGAUU